CAACUCAUGCCUCUCGAGUGCACAGUUAUAUUUGUUCAACGGACUUUACCGCAUAAGUUCAGAAUUUAAUUUCACUUCUCCUACUCUGGACGUUAUUGUAGAGGGAAAAAUAAUACAAUGUUUGAUCACCAGCAGUGUUAUUGUCAGUUUGAAGUUUUCCCAUUUAUUUGAACCUCUUGAAAUUUCCCGUAUCAAUUACUCAUCCGCGCCAUAAUGGAGCACAACGAAAAUUGAUGCCAGCAAAUUCCCCAAAAGCCCUACGAAGAAUGCUGCAAAGCCACUAGAGUGCUAGAGUAAGCGAACGGGGCAGUCGGGAACAUUUCAGAUUUUUACGGUGUUUUAGACGCUACAAUCCCUGCGUUUAUCAUCACUACUAUCAAACGCCCUGCUCGACGUGCGGCAGAACCCAUUUUCAGCAAAGUACCAGCGUGGUGGGAAUUUUGCCCAUUGAGUACGAGCGACAACCCGAUAUGUCCAUGUAUUCGAUGCCACGUGGCUUGUCCAACACCUCUGCUAAAGCAGGUCGAUCCAACGCUAAUAACUUGACGUACCAGCCGAGCGGCGUUAGCCAAAAGCGAAUAUCAGUGGCAGCCGCCCCUUCCAGAAGAUCAGUGGCAAGCCGAAGAAAUGGCCUGGAUGAUGAUGACGAUCUAGUCUACGGAUCCAAAAACUUUGCCCUCCAAACCUGCAAAGACACUGGAGUUGGAGAUUGUCCAGCCUGUCUUGGAACCAGAACGAAUUGCCACGAAAAUGAAUGCCAGUUAUGCUGCGAAGUGAAAGUGUGUGGCCCCAACUUCAGAAACUGCCCCUUCAAUGAGGGUGUUGAAGUGCAAACCGACCCCAUUUGCAAUUUUUUGCCCGCUUCCUGCAGAUGCGAGACGGAUUUUUGCGAUGGUUCCAUUUGCACAGUGGGGCUAAACUGCGAAGCUAGCAACGCCCCUUGCAGAUGUCUGGAUAGAAGCUGCAACACCAGCAAGCAUUGCAUCAUUGUAGAGGACGAUGGCAUGUGCACCUACACGCAGAGAGAGUGUAGAUGCUCAGAUAAAGGAUGUGGGGAACGGGAAUGUGUGGUAGUUGAGGAAAGGGAGGACUCAAUGGGGCCCACCUUCGAUCAAUUCAAUGAGGCCUACAUGCAGGCGGAUAACUGCAGCAGAUAUGGAGAAGGGUAUGGGCCAGGAGGACAGUCCUUCGACCCGGAUGAUAUAAUUCGACGGUGCCACGCCCUUUGCGAGACCAAUCUGCGACUUCCAGUAGAUGACGACGUGGAGUCUGAUGACGAUUUCGAGACAAUAUCGUACAUAGAAGAACCAAGGAUGACAACGGAAUGCGCCCAAACAAUCACUCAGCCAAUCAACAUGGAAAACCUGGUUGGAAGCUACGUGGACAUGCAAAACUGCGCUGAAAGAUCUGCUAGCUACGUUGGCUCCAUUUGUUCAGGCGCAGCGAGUUUAAUGGAGCCCACCAUAACCCAGCAAAGUGGCCCUUUGGACCCCAGCCUGGCGAAGCUCAGUGGGAUUGAGGGAAGUAUUUGCUCAGAAACAAGGGAACCCAUGCAACAUUGUGGUAGACCAAGCAUGCCACUUUCCCCGGCCAAUUCAUAUCAGCCCGCUUCAUCUAAUGUUUACCCGACCACAAUCUCUAGCAAUUAUAAGUCCGGCCAGUCAAUGCCAUACCAAACAGUGAGCCCACAUAAUGCUUCCCAAGUUACUCGGCCGUUCAAUCAGUACCACAGCAUAGAGGAAGAAGGGAUUAGACCCAGCAUUUAUAACAAUUUCGACCGUGGUGGGCCCAGUCAGAGCCUAGGAAGCUCCCGAUACACCACAAGCUCCACCCGAACCUACUGCGUCAACCAAGCGGAGGCCGGAAGGCUUGGACAAGGGCAAACUGCUUACCACAGUCCUCUUAGUUCUGCAGUCUGCCCAUCGCAUGCUCAAAUGAGUAGCGGCAGGCCCAGUAUGAGUCCUAGCGCCUACCAAAGCAUGGCCAGAGCUGGCGCUAGUCAAAGCAUGGGCCUCAGUCUGGGCCCCAGUGCCUCCCAAAGGAUUCAAACUCCUCAGAAACAGUCGGGAGUGUCUGGUCAGAGUACCGCCUAUUGGGUGGGAGACCCAGUCAGCGACACGCCAAUAGAGCCACAUGCCGUAGCCUCCAAUACGAGCAGAAGACAUAGUGCAUUUGACAACGAGCCCGCAGUGCAAAAGGAACCCUACUUGGAGCCAGCAGUGGGAAGCGAAGAUCCCCAGCAGAACUACGAGGUGACGUUGGAAGAAAUCCCGAUGGCAAAUGGAGAAACCCGCAGUCGCAUUAGCAUCAAAACCACCCCUACUCCCGCAGGCACGCCUAAACCCUUGCUUCGGAUCACUCCAAGUCGGCAAGCAGCAGCCUCACAGAGCCAUAAAGGCAUUCAAAUAUUACCGGAAAAUUUUCCUGCAAAGCGCGAGUUGAGCAAGCGUCUAAACUCGCGACCUUCCACCAGGAACAUGCCCACUGUGGCCGCCUGCGAACGACACCAAACAACGACGAGCUUGAAAGCAGCAGAUCCAAGCGCGAAAUUUAUGAAGCCGAAAUCGCAAGUCCAUUUCAACAUCAACUUCCACGACAACAACCAGGACAGGACCAUUGUGCUGAGGAGGAGCGUCCAAAGUCAGUCGAAGACCGAUACUGCCGUAGGGGCUGAAUCGCAAAAGGAUGUGAAAAGCAAAACAAACAUAUAAAAUAAAUAAUUACGUAAA